AUGCAGGAAUCUACCGUGGUGCCGUCAGACCUCAAGAGGCGUUCUAACGAGACCGCGCAUUCGUCAGCCCCGAAACGCCGCCGAUCGAACAAGGACCAGCUAUCGCCCGGGGUACGGGUGCAUUUGGCAGUGCGCGUGCGUCUACUCAGCUAUCGUGACUCCGCCACCGACAGCAUCGUCCUCGUGGUCAUCACGCCCGCGCCCAUGGUAAAGCCGACUCCCGCAACAUCGAGGCACCCUACCACGGAGGAGUCUACAAUGGUGUCACCAAACCGCAAGAGACAUUCUAACGAGGCCGCGCAGUCGUCAGCCACGAAACGUCGCCGAUCCAGGAAAGAGCCACCGUCGUCGGAGGUACGGGUGAACGUGAGAGUGAAUGUGCGCCUACUGAGCGUUCGUGACCUUCAGACCCCAAGCAUCGUUCGCGUGCUGGAUUACAGGUGCCAUGUGUUCGACCCCAAGGCCGAGGCGGAGUCUUUCCAUUUUGAAGGCGGUGGUAAUGUCAAGCCCAAUGUAGACCAAACGUUCAUGUUUUAUCAGUUCUUUGAUGAAACAGAAGACCAUGUGUAUGUGUUUGAGAACACCACCUGGGGCAUGCUGACGAUGCUCCUUGAAGGGUGCAACUGCUCUGUGUUGGCGUGCAUUUCUAGGGGCACCGACAAAGCUUUCGCAUUGCUGGGCUCCGAGGAAUGCCCCGGCGUGCUCUCCCUCAUGGCCAGCCAGUUGUACCAGCGCGUGCUUAAGCUGCGGUCAGAGGGCCAGACAUGCGCCCUAGCAGUCCCCUGUCUGGAAGUCUACAACAAGGUUUUUCAAGAAAUGCUUUGCCUCGACCCGGCGAAGGGCAUUGCCAUAUUGAACCUCACCAUACACAAGGUGACGGAGGCCGGCACCAUCCUCGAGCUGUUCUUCAAAGGAAACAAGAACCGGUCUCAGCAUGCCACCGACGCUCAUGCUGAGUCUUCAUCGUCGCACGCCAUCUUCGAGAGCUACGUCACAGUGACGGAGAAUGUGACAAGAUCAGAUGCGCGAGGUACCAAGCUCAACCUGUCGCUCCUGGCCCUCGGCAACUGCAUCGACGCCCGCGCAAAGAACGGGACCCAGCAGGUGCCGUACCAGGACUUCAAGCUCACGCACAUCCUCAAGGACUCGCUGGGUGGCUCGGGCAAUGCCCAUGUGAUUGGGACAGCGACGGCGUUGAAGCUCAGCGCGCUCAUCGAGGAGUUCAAGCAGAAGGUGGAAGGCCUUGAGCGUAAGCUCGAGAAGGCGAAAUGUGGCAGGCUGUAG